GUCGAAUUCAGCUCUGACUCGGGCGUUCGAGUUAACAGAAGCGAUAAUCCUCGGCUUGAGGCGUGGGGCCCUGGACAAUGGAGUCGACCUGGCUUCCACACAGCAUUCAAGUCUUUCCUGAGACGAUUGAUUGGAUACUCGUCACGUUUAAUGCAGCCGAUACAGAGGAGAUUAUCGACAUAAGAUCGCAGGAAUCACCCGUCUUGAUUUUACGUCUCGGCCGGUCCAUCAAUUCACGGGCCUGUUCGCUGGCACGCGUCGAUCGUACAUGUAUUCAAGGAUGGUGUUAUUCUUCAUGAUACGCGUGGAAGGACCCAAUAUGACCAAGUGAAGGUGAGAAAAUUUGUCCAUCGAUUGCGCCCGAGUCGACCGGCGUAUACACUCGGGAGAGCCUGCGUUCGCAAGUUUCCACAGGAUUCCGGAUGCGGCCAGGGCUUAUCAAAAGGCGAACGCUGUCUGGUACCAGCAAAAGGAGAUACCCGACCACUAGAACAAAGCUUGCAAUUGUGGCAAAAUUGUUGAAAUGUGCUGGCGUACACGCGUCUGACACG